GGGAAGCAGGGGGGUGGGGCAAAGGGGGCAGAGAGGGGCGAAAGGAAGAAUCAUGGGGGAAGCAAAAACUGUCACGUGGCUGAUGGAAGAGGGCAAGUGCACCAUCGGCAUCCCAGAGGGAACCGCGGUAGCUCUUUGUGCCAUCAGGGACGGGCGCGAAAAUGCUCAAGUUUAGGAAUGGAAUAAAGCAGCGCUGGGUGGUGCAAUGGAACUUCCUCCUCCUCUGGGUGAACCAUGCACUGGCACUCUUGACCAAACUCAUUGUCAUCCUUGAAGACUGUCACUUGAUCCCUGCCAAUGUUGGCACUAUCUGGGAGCCAGCCCAUCAAGCCAUUACUAGGUGGCACUGUAUUGUCAAUUUUGACACUGAUCAUGUCCUUGAAAGAAGACACAAUGAUUGUCUCUUUCUCCAAAAUCUGGAUAGUGCCGGUCUGCUUCACUCAAAGAAUCGAAUCGAAUUGGAUCUUCAAUCGAAUCCAAGACGGUGCGCACAUGCACGUUGUGGUGCCCCUGGGCCUCCUCAUUAAGCCUUGCGGUACCGCGAGCGAUGUCUAUUGAAAAUCUUUGAAAUCUUUGAAGUCUGCUUUAAUGACCUGCACUCGUAUGAUAUCAAUACUCCCUCUCGUGAUAUUCUGUUCCAGCUGUGAGGAGCCAUAGUAGAAUCACAAUGACCAACAAACAACAGCAGCCUAAGACAGCUUCAACGCCUCCUUCUUGUAACAGCAAAGGAUCUGAUUCGGGAAAUCUGGGCACGCCCAAGAACAGCCGUCACGAUCGACGUUCGAAAUCUCCCAAUACUAAGUCGAGAAACGAAAGGAGAAGUCGUUCUCCUCAAGGCAACAACCACAACAACAGUGGCAGUCGUCGCAGAAGUCGUCCUGAUGCCGUUGUGUUUCCUCCGGAUCCCGAUGAGACUGGAGCUCAAGUAGUCCAGCGGAUCUUUGCAGCAUUUGGUCUUCAAACGGAGUUCCCAGAGGACUGCCAAGACUAUGUCCAAAAGUUGAUGGAACGGCAGCAGCAGCAUCCAUCCAAACCAGAUGAUGAUGAUGAUGAUAGCGUUGUCACCUAUGCCGAUUACACACAUCUUCCAUUCAUCACUAUCGACGGAGAGGAAACGCGAGAUUUGGAUCAAGCACUCUACAUUACACGGCAAAACUUGCCCGGAACAACACCAGCGGCAUCCUCCACAGAUACUCCCAAUUACUACUUUGUCUCAUAUGCGUUGGCGGAUGCCGCCCACUAUGUACCGGCUCAUUCCCCCGUCUUUCAAUACGCUCUCCGCAAGGGUGGAACGUCGUUGUAUCUUCCAGGGCACUGCCUGCCCAUGCUGCCACCACAACUCUGUCAAGAAUUCUUGUCCUUGACGCCACGACAGAAACGACGGGCAUUGGUCUUGGACAUGUAUCUGUCGCCCAUCACAUGUCAACCCGUCAAGACAUUUUACAAAUGGGCUUGGAUCGUGUCGAGACGAAAGGGAACAUUUCGAGAAGUGUCCGAAUAUUACCAAGCAGUCGAUGCCGGAAAAUCACAUUCCUUUCAAUCCAAACAGUACUGCGAGACAUUGGAUUUGCUCCGAGAGGUGGGCAUGCUGCGUCUUCAUCAACAAGGAGGAAGUGACCAUGCCAAACAGCAUCAAUCCACCAAAAAAGGAGGAGUGGUAUUGGAUGAUAAUGGCAAACUGGCAUUUGACACACGCUGUCAUCCUCACUAUGACAGUCAAGAUUACAAUGAACAAAUCAGCCUGCUAGCCAAUAGCGAAGGAGCUCGUCUCUUACACUUUAUGGAAGGUCUGGAACACAAGGUCGGUGAGCACGACGUGAUUCAUCCAAUCUACAGGACCAUGGCAGAGCCGCGACCACAACAACUUGCCACAUUGGAACAAGUCAUACUCAAUACACUGACGGCACAUGACAUUGACGUUCCAACUUGGGGAUGGAGGAGACACGCACGCGAUGAAGACGACAAUAAUAUGGAAUCCAUUGCUGACUAUCUCGAAAGAAUUCGAAACCGACGAGACUCGUUGCUGCCGGAUUCUCCCGAAGCCAAAGUAUGGAGUGCCGUGGUGCAAGUGGUGGAGCGACAAGCACGCAUGAGCCAUGCGGUUGCCAAUUUCCAAGGAGAUCCUGCCCGGGGGCAUUUCCAACUCCAGCUCGAGUACUAUGCCCGUCUCUCGUCGCCCAUGCGCGAACUCGUGGGGUGCUUUACCCACAAGGAAUUGCGAGAAGCUCAUACGGGGACCUUUGUGUCCGCGAGUGUCUCACGGUCGCAACGGACUCCCACGAGUCCCUUGGCGGAUAUCGAGUUGCGAGAUGCCGUCAUUCGGGCGGCCAAACGAGCCAAGGCGCUGCAAAAGAAACUCAGCGGGGCCGUCUUUUUGCAUGUCAUGAACCAACUCUUUUAUCAAGACUUGAGGAUUCGCAAUGUGGGCAAACGACCACUGCGCAGGGGAGUCUUGAUUGGUUUGAACUUUACGGACAAUAGCAAAAGUCGGCGAUGUUAUGUUCAACUGGAAAAACAUAAUAACAUGGAGAUCAAAGUCUUUGCGCAAGAUUUGGAAUACUUUUACAACUGCCGUUAUCUCCCUUUGCAGUCGGACACUGCAGUUUGGUCCAUUGGACCCUUGGCAGGAUCGUUUCGGGAAGAUGUGGAUGAUCAAGAACGACCACCCAUUUUCAAAAUUGGGCAACGAGUGACCAUUCGAGUGGCCGAUUACGCUCAGUUUUACGGACAAACCAGUCGAAGUAGGUGGUGUUUCAUCAUGGACUUGGAACAGACGUUGGAAGAGCCAGAUCCUCUCCGAUUGAAUGGCAUUUGCCGCUCCAAGUCAUCCGCCUUGCGAAAUUCCAUUGUGGACAUUGAUUUGUAUUCACAACGAGACUCCACAAGCGUUGCCUCGUCUGCCUAUCCCGACGAUAUGGACGAGUGCGGCUUUUUGCUGCAGGAGGAUUGAAGGGGGGGGGGACAAAGUUUGCGGUACCGAUGGAUGGGACGACAACCCACAGGGAUGAACAGAUUGAGUUGCAGUGCCGGUACCUAUUGCAAUCAAGCUAUUCUGGACUUGUCCUCGCGUGUGCACUGGGUUGGCAGCCAUUGACAGGCUUGGUGCUGACGGAGAAGGAUGCUGCGAGAAGUCAGCCCGGAAGUAUGAAUGCUUGUCUCGAGAUCUGUUCGACGCAUAGUAGCAUUGUUGGCUCGUUCGCAAAUGAAACUAGCAGAUGUCGGGAAAACAACCGAACUCAAGGUCAUUGUGAUCCACACUACCGAGCCUAGCAAUCUCCGCGACAUACUAAUGGAAGCAAGAGUGUGAGUCACUUUAACUAUCAAGAUUUUUCGCUAGUGUAUGCUCGUGGCGCUGCCACAAAGGCCAAUCAGUUACUUUCGCUUCCUCCAACAAAAGCAAACGACAGCUG